GAGAGGGAGAGAGAAACUGCACGCUCAGAGAGAAUGAGAGAAAGGAAUAGUGCGAGAAAGAAGUAAAUAGAUUGAAAGAGAUGGGAUUGAUGAAGAUGGAGAUAGAACACAGUCACCCAGCACUGCUGUACACCUGGACACAAGAACUGCACUGAGGUCUAGGAUUAGGGUUAAAAGUGGUCACCACAGAGUAGGUGGACAGAAGAAAUUUCUCCCCAUACGUGAACGUCAUCAGCACGGCUGCCAGGACAACAGUCUAGCCAAUCAGACGUGCUGAGGGGAAAAGUCAGCCAAUUGGAGAGAUAGAGAUGUUGUGGCAGGGCAAGAAUGCAGCCAUGACUCUUACGUCAUUACUGCUGCUACUGUGGCGGGAAGCAGCACCCAUUGAAGUCCCACAAGACCCAAAGAUCCAGCAAGACCUGAAGCAGCCCCCCACUAUAACGAAACAGUCAGCAAAGAACUACAUUGUCGACCCCAGAGAUAACAUCAUCAUCGAGUGCGAGGCCAAGGGCAACCCAGUGCCAAUGUUUUCAUGGCGAAGGAACGGGAAGUUUUUCAAUAUUGGGAAAGAUCCAAGGGUGAUGAUGCGAAAACGCUCAGGAACCCUGGAGAUCAGCUUCCGCAGCGGAGGUCGACCAGAGGAUUACGAAGGAGAAUACCAGUGUUUUGCCAGCAAUGACUUUGGAGUGGCUCUUUCCAACAAAAUUCUGCUCCGGGUCUCCAAGGCUCCUCUGUGGCCUAAGGAGGUGCUGGAGCCAGUAUCUGUAACUGAAGGCUCCCCACUGGUUCUACCCUGCAACCCCCCACCAGGCCUGCCUCCUCCGUUCACCUUCUGGAUGGACAGCAGUAUGAAUCCAAUCCCUCAGGAUAAAAGAGUGUCCAUGGGUCUCAAUGGAGAUCUGUACUUCUCCAACGUUUUGGCCCAAGAUGCACACACAGACUACAGCUGCAAAGCUCGCUUUCUGUUCACACACACCAUACAAGAGAAGAACCCCUACAAACUCAAAGUUCAGACAAAGGAGCCAUACAAUGACACAUCUUACAAUACCUCUGCCCCCUAUGGUGACCGUAAAGUAGCAGAGUCCACACCGACCUUCCUUUCACCAUCAGGGAGUGAGAGCUCCAAAAUGGUGCUGCGAGAUGAGGAGCUGCUGCUGGAGUGUAUUGCUGCUGGACUUCCAACACCUACCAUCAAGUGGUUUAAGAAAGGUGGUGAGCUGCCAAGGCAGAAGGUGAAGUUUGAGAACUUCAACAAGACCCUGAAGAUUAUUAGUGUGUCAGAGGAGGAUGCUGGGGAGUAUGUGUGCAUGGCAAACAACCACAUAGGCACCAUACGCCACUCCAUCUUUGUUCAGGUUAAAGCGGCCCCUUACUGGUUAGACAAGGCUUCAGACCUGGUGCUAGCCCCAGAUGAGAAUGGCCGCCUGGUGUGCCGGGCCAACGGCAACCCUAAACCUCACAUCCAGUGGCUUGUCAAUGGACAGCCUAUUGAGAGCUCUCCCGCCAAUCCAAACAGACAGGUGCUCGAAGACACCAUCAUCUUCCGCUCGGUGCAGAUUGGAAGCAGUGCUGUCUACCAGUGUAACGCCUCCAACGAGCACGGCUAUCUGUUGGCCAAUGCCUUUGUCAACGUUCUCGACAUGCCUCCGAGGAUGCUGGGCCCCAAAAAUAAGCUAAUAAAAGUCAUUGAGAACAACCGCACCUUCCUAGACUGCCCGUUCUUUGGUUCUCCUUUACCGGAGCUGCGCUGGUUUAAGAACGGACAGGGCAGUGGGCUGGAUGGAGGCCAAUACCGCGUUUACAUCAAUGGUACCCUGGAGAUAAAGCGAGCCCGAGCAGAGGAUGAGGGAACCUACACCUGUGUGGCCAGCAGCAUCAUGGGCACAGCUGAAAAUCAAGUUCGCUUAGAGGUCAAAGAGCCGACUCGCAUAGUUCGGGCCCCCGAACACCAGUCAGCUGUCAGGGGCUCUACAGCUCACUUCAAUUGUAAGGUGAAGUCAGAUCCCAGUCUUCCUGUCAGUGUGUCCUGGAUGAAGGAUGACAAGCCUCUCUAUAUGGGAUGGAGGUUGAAGAAGGAUGAUGAGUCUCUGACAAUCCCGAAUGUCAACGAGGGUGAUGAGGGAACUUAUACCUGCACUGUUAAAUCUGAGAUAGACCAGGACUCGGCCUCUGCUCGCCUCAUUGUGUUAGAGGAGGUCAACCCCUCAGUCUCUAGUGCCUUGCCUCCAGACCGUCCAGACCCCCCGAUGGAUCUGGACCUGUCAGACCCAGCAGCACGCAGUGUUCGCCUCACUUGGAUCCCUGGAAGCGACCACAGGAGCCCAAUCACAGAAUUCUUGGUCCAGUUUGAAGAGGACCGCUGGGAGCCGGGUAGGUGGCAGAACCUGUCUUCUUACCCCGGAGACCUCAACUCUGUCAUCCUGCAGCUUGCCCCCUUUGUCAACUACCAGUUCAGGGUCAUCGCCAUCAACUCAGUAGGUCAGAGUGACCCCAGCAGCUCCUCACCCCGAUACAAGACAAGCGGAGCUGCCCCAGAUGCCAUCCCCAGAGGUCUACGAGGUUGGGGCUCCAGAAAGGACAAUAUGGAAAUCACCUGGGAGCCCCUCCUUGAUCUGGAGAGAAAUGGUCCAAACCUGCAUUACAUCGUGUCAUGGAGACGAAAGGAUUCCGGAGAGGAGUGGAAUAACGUCACCACAGUCGGGGCUAAGCAUGUGGUCCACAACACAGAAACCUAUGUGCCUUAUGAGAUUAAAAUCCAGGCCAGGAAUGAGUUUGGAGCAGGACCAGAGUCUAAUGUGGUAAUUGGAUACUCUGGAGAGGACAAGCCCACUGAUGCUCCCACUGAACUGCGGGUAUCAAAGGUUGACAGCACCAAAGCUAACAUCCACUGGACACCUGUGGACCUGAACUCUGUCCAGGGAGAGUUCAGGGAGUACAGAUUAUACUACUGGCGUGAGUCUAGUCAGGUUCCAGGUCUGGUGGUCAGUAAGGAGAAGAAGACCAAAGGUUUCUACAGCACCACAGUCAAAGCAUUUGGCAUCCUUAGUGACCUGGUGCCCUACUCUAAAUACAAGAUGUUCAUGGUUGUGGCCAACAAUCGCUUCGAGAGUCCACCCAGCAACACAGUUGCAUUUACCACCACGGAGGGAGUUCCAGAUGCUCCAAGAUUCUUCAGGAUUAAUCGCAGAAGUUUGGACACAAUCCACUUGGAAUGGGACAAACCUUUAGAGCCCAAUGGCAUUCUGAUUGGAUACCAGCUCAUAUACCAAACAGUCAAUGGUUCCAAGGUGAGUCGUCCAGAGAUGGAGACUUUCCUUCCUAAUGUGACAAAGUUUAUCCUUCGCCUGCCGGACCCAUCCUCCCGCUACAAGUUCUUUCUGUCAGCACUCACACAGGUGGGAAUGGGGGAGGUCUAUGCUGAGGAGUCUCCACACUUCACUAAUGAGGAAAACAUUGCUGACACUACUGAUCUAGUCAAGCAUACCGACUCUUCUGUGGCUUCUGCUUUCACUCCUACUCCUCCUCCUCUUGUUCAUCCUCCUCCUACUACCAUCGCUCCUACAACCAUUAGUACCUCAACUACUACCAUUCCUACAACUACGACUUCGACUACUACUACCACUACCACUACUACUACUGAGGCAACCACUACCACCACCCUUCCUGUGCUGUUCACCACCAAGCGCAUCGAUCAGAAUGUGUUGGUGGCCUCUGGGCGAGAGAUCUGGAAUCUGACGGUGGAACCUAACAGUAACUACGCUAAAGUCAGCUGGACACACAACUUCCCGGCCAGCAACAGCGAUUUUGUGCUAGAGUUCACACUGGACAGUAACAAGACGAAGAAAAUUGUAAAGAUGAGUGAACAGCCCCCCAUUACUGUGGUGGAUCUGAUCCCAGGCGUCGUAUAUCACCUGAGGGUUUACUCCCAUGAAUUCAACAGCGUCAGCAGCAAACCUGUCACCUUUAAGACCAAAGCAGCCUACAUAGACCAGGUAGACAUAGCCACGCAGGGCUGGUUCAUUGGCUUGAUGUGUGCCAUCGCCCUCAUCAUACUUAUCCUCCUCAUCGUCUGUUUCAUCAAGAGGAGUCGUGGGGGCAAAUACCCAGGUGGUGGGUACAUGGCUGGUUUCACAAAAUGUCUAGUGCGUGAUAAAAAAGAGCUCCCUUUGGACCCAGUGGAUCAGAAAGACCAGGAUGGAUCCUUUGAUUACCAAAAUGGGUCAUCUGUCCCUGACAGGAACGAAAACGAGAACAGCAGUGAUGAGGACAACAAACCUCUGCAGGGCAGCCAGACUUCACUGGAUGGCAACGUGAAGGAAAGUGAUGACAGUCUGGUCGACUACGGUGAGGGAGGAGAUGGGCAGUUUAAUGAGGACGGUUCUUUCAUCGGCCAGUACACAGUGAAGAAGGACAAGGAUGAGACAGAGGGCAAUGAAAGCUCCGAGGCCACCUCGCCUGUCAAUGCCAUCUACUCACUGGCAUAGCGCCUCAACAGUGCAUGGGGGGAACUUAGUGGCACCCUCUAAUUUGAGAGUGCUAUGAUAGUACCAGACACAAAUACACACACACAAUUUUAUGAGUAUAUGAAACACAUUAUACACAGUGAAACAGCAGUGGGACCUGUCUGGAGACUGUCUAGGCUCUCCUCUGCAGAUAAAGUGGAGGAAGGUGACAGUGGAAUUAGACCUCAAGCCUUUAAUUUAUGUUUCCGAUUCUAAGAAUAUGGCCCUUUAGAGGACACAUUUGGAGAAAGUGGACAGUGCACAUUUUCCUUUGCUCUCUGCCUGCCCUUUACCCACACAGACUUGAAGUGUGCCUUCAGGGCGGCCUUCAGCAUUUGGAGGCCUUAAAUGUUCUUUAGAGGUUUUUUGGUUUAUUUUUGACCCCGCUAUACUUCUGAUCACCCACCCUCAACCCUCACCUGGCAUACCUCUGUGUAGCAACCCAGUAAAGUAGUCACAGAGGUUAAAUUCACAUAUACACUGGCCCCAUCCUGUAACAUAUCAGCUUCUAACCAUCAGGAUGCCGGCAGAUAUGUUUAUCAUAUUGAUAUUUAAGCAAUGAAAGAUUUUAGUUUUUUCCACAGCUGAAAGAGUCAUUGCAUCUUAAUGAAUGCUGUACACAGUCCUGGCACACAUUUUAGUGCCCUGCAAAUCUAUGCACACUCUGUCAUCGCCUCUGUAUGAUUUUGGGUUUCAUCUGGUUAGUAAAAGUACACAUUCUGGGUUUCUUUUUUAGUACUUGAAGAAUCAGCCCUGUGGUUUUAUUCAGUUUUCCUUGAACUUUGUUGUAGGCAUGUAUUUUUUUUUCCCCCUCUUUGCCAGCGUUGCAGUGCAGAUGUUUAAAAUGGCCUUGAUGAGAAAAAAAAUUAAUGUAUUGAGCUCUGUUAUAGUAUGAUAUUAAUGAACCCAAUCUUAUAAAAGAUUUAACAAAAAUAUUAUUUUGGAGCAUGGUAGUAAACUUCUCUUAGUGCAAGAGAAAUUUGAUAGCAAAAGAAGAGAAAAGCUAGUUUUGCUUGAGAAACACAAGUGCACUACAACCCAGUAAAUUCCCUAGUUAGCAUGUGGGCUAGUGCUACAUUCAUGUCUAAUGGGAACACCACAAAGCAAAGUUAUGACAUCAUCACAACAUGAAUGGUCAGUUACAAUCACGUUUUGAGAUCAACAGUAUCCUAAUAUUGCAGGAACAACUUUAACAUGGCAACAGCAGAUAAACACUUCUCUGCAGCUGUGUGGCUUCUGUAAUUCUGUUAACUUUGUGUUAUGUACAAGCAGGUAGAUUGAAAGUAUGUUUUAUAAUCAAGGUAAACACACAGGGGUCACAUAGUGGACAUAUUACCAUUGAAAGAGAAUAUUCUUCUACUAUUUGUGUGCAUGUAUUUAAUCAAAGAGGACUCCAGAAUUUGGAAAUCUGGGGACUAAAACCUAAAUGUCCUGUUUAGUGUUGUGCUCUAGUAAGCUAGGAUGUGUAACAAUGUCAGGUUGAAAGUUAACAUCGACAUUUUCUCCCAUGGGACAUGAACGUAGCACAAAAAGUCAUGAUCCAUAAGCUGUAUUCUGAAUAAACUUUGUUUUUUCACAUACAGUAUACUUGACAGUUAGAUUGUGAUUUCAGUCUUCAAUCAGCCAAUGUGCAGACAUUAGCUAGUACCAUAUUGUGCACACCUAGCUCUAGUUCUGUUAUUGGAAUAUCCUCAGAUGUCCUGCUCAAUCUGAAACAGCUCACAUGGACACAUCAUCCACCCACCCAUCCAUCCAUUCGUCCAUAAUCUCCUGCUUAUCCAAUUCAGAUUCACAGGUUUGUUCAAUUUAAGUUAUGUCCUAAUCAGUGUGAUCGUGUUCUCCAUGGACUUUACUGGAAAUUGCACUGCCUCUAAAACUCUCUGAGUUUAGUUUGAACCCACCUUCCUAGAAGAAUCCUGGCCUUUUUUAUUCUUUAUUUUCUUUAUAAACUCAAUCAAUUUGUAAUCAUUACAAAAAUAAAUUUGCAAUGAUUACAAAACAUUCUUAGAAUACCUGAAUUAAAUUUAUACACAGAAUUCACAUCCAUCCAUCCAUCCAUCCAUCCAUCCAUCCAUCCAUCUUCUUCCACUUAUCCUUUGCAGGGUCGCAGGGGAGGUGAAACCAAACUUAUCAGCUUCAUUUUCUAUUUUUGCCAUGGAAGAAAGAAAAAAAUUAUUUUGAAGGAUGUUCACUGAGUAUUUCACUUGCUCUGCAAGCAGAUCUGUCAUGUUAUCUUCUGUUACAAGACUGACUGGCUUUUUUUUGGUUUGUUUUUCUAUAAAUGUUCACUCGAUACUCAUAUUUCUAUUUAUUACAUCAUAUUAAUAUAUUAGUCCUUAAUUUAAUUAACUUAAUUGUUAUGUACACACUUUGUUAUGUACACACCAACCUAAUUAUGUGUCCAGAAAUAGCUAAACUACAGAUGCCUCUAGAAUCAAUAAUUGUUCAUCCUGAGAGGCACAACAGUAUGUUCAAGAUAUUUUGUAGCAGCUACCUUUUCCACUGUAAACCAUACACAAAAAAUAUACCUGUUAUCAACAAAAAAAAGGUCACAUUUCUCUGUCUAUUGUGCUUCUUGUAAUCAUGUUGUAUUACUAUUACUGUGUUGUUAUUCAGAUUUAAGUAGCAUAACCUUUCUGCCAUUCAGAGAAAGAAUCAAUGCAUAUUCAUUAUUUGGUAUUUAUUUUGUACUGAAAGAAAAUCCUACGUUUGUAAAUACUUAAAACUUGACCCCCACCCCACCCCAACUCCCUCGUUCCCUCUACAAAAUGUGUUUUAUCAGAAAAGGAAAAAAAAAAACAAAGAAUCACAAAUCUGUAUCCACCAAGGAACUGUAAUGGUGCAUCUCCAGUCUGGCAAUCUAUCACCUUUGUUUAUGUAGCUUUGACUAAUAUUUGCACUCUGAAGAAGAGCCAUCCUUCGCCCAAUAUUACCCUUUUCUUUGACACUGUAAUAUAUGGUACUGGCUGUGGCAAGUCUGUCAGGUUUGCUGAUGGCUUGGUUUCUGUGUUGUGAAAGAGAAAUAUGUCAGAUUCUAUUAUGUAAAUAAGAAAUAAGAGCUCCUGCAGUAUACUGCCUGUAGCAUUUGAUGCAUACAAACUGCUAAAGGGCCUAAGAACAUGCAUUUGCUAAGGUACUGGUCCCCUCCUUUGCACUGAUAGACACUGCAUACACAUGCCUGUGGUUACACAGCUGUGUCCCAUUACAUGGGUCAACAAGUGAAGGUUAAAUCUGCUUCUCCUUUUCCUGCACUGCCCCCCCACCCCACCCCACCCCACCCCCCAUUGUGACCCUCCUGCAUUCAGGUGCUCUUUGUCAACUUGUAAAAUUCAUGUAUCCACCAAAAUCACCACCAGGACGUCCUAAAGUAGGGGAAACCAUCACUUUCUGAAAUAAACUGGUGCCUUUGGAGCUAUAGCCCAAAUACUGAGUAGAAAAAAUUCUGGCUAUUAUAAUUAUGUAUAUAAGUAAUAUACAAUAUUAUUUACUGCUUCCUGUCCCUGUAGGAAAAUUCCUUUUCUGAAUUUAAUCCAGUAACUUAAGUAUCAAAUAGUAGGUAAAACCUGAUGUCGGAUAUUAGACCACCACAACCAUCCAAAACUGUCACUUCUGAUACACACUUGUGUUAAAAAAGAACAACAAAAAAAGUUUUCCAAACAUUCCUGAUGCCAUCAAGGGAGGAUAUCCUGUUGAAGUCACUUGUAAUUCCAUCUGAUCUAUAAACAUACACUGCAAAAUGAUAGUGUUUUACUAGAUUACUAGCUUCCCUGUGAGAAACGCCAAAGGGACAUUAGUAUUUUUCAGUUUUUUCCAUCAUGAUAGAUGGUCAACACUAGGCAUUUAGUAAAAGAACAACACUGCUACAUUUGGCAAAACUGAGAUUUAAAUUGUAGAUUCUUACGUGUAGAAGCAGGUGUCAGUAACAUUUGGCUCCAUUCGUUGACAGCUAUCACUCUAGUACUGCCUAGGUGGACUUUGUGCAGUGUUAGUAUAAUGGCAUUACCAGGACGUAAACAAACUUCCCAUACUGUAGGUGGGCUACUGUACAAUGUUACCUUCAAAAUGUUCUAAAUUCAGGACUGCUGGACUUUAACCAUUCUGAAGUGAAAAAUAUAAAACAAAACAAAAAACUUCAGCUCUUCAGUUCUUCAUAGCUGGGUGAACUACCAUAUUUUCUCAAAUAUUGACUGGGGCUGUUAUUUACCGCGUCUGCAAAAGGUUUCAGGCUUGUAUAAGACGGAGGUCUUGCUUUCUGAUUCCUUCUGAUUCCCACUGUUGGUGGUUAUAGUUUAGCGUAAUGGCAUGUUCCUCUCUGGUCAGUUAAAAGUACUGCAUUAGGCUGCACGAACAAGCUCAACACAUCAUGUAACUAAAUAAAUGUCAGUUGAGUAAAACAUCGUUAUUUAUGGAAUGGGAAACCCUUCAAUUUUGUCAGUGCUUUCAUUGUGAAAUAUUAGUGGGCCUACUGUAUGCAAAAAGAGCUGGAUGACAUUAAAGAGCCUCAAAGUGAAGUAGAUCAGAAUCCAGCUUUGUUUACAAACCGCAUACAGUACCAGUCAAACAUUUAGACACACUGUGUCUAAAUGUUUGACUGGUACUGUACAUCUGUUGAAAAUAUUUUCUUAAAACAAAAUGUAGUUAGUCAGUAGCAGUAUUUCACAGGCCAACCAGAGGGUUAUGCACCCUAUUUUUAUUUUACCUUUAGUUGUGUCUCUGUCCAUUACUGCACACAAUCAUAUUUGUGGAAAUAUGGUAUGUAAUUGUUUUGUGUUUUCAUGACAGUAAGUCUUCUGCAUGUUUAUUCUAUCUUUCCAGUGAUUUAGCUUCAGCAUUUAUCCUAGGCUGUCUCUAUCCCCCUUUGUCCUACAUCUAAGAUGUUCCAAUAUUGUAGUCAUCCUUGUUAUGAUGCAGCAGUAUACCACUUGAAGUUGACAGUACCUGAAGCUUGCAUUACCAUCUCCUUAGCAGGAUCCAUAUUAACAUCUGGAAGCUCAUACCCAGUGUGCCAGGUUAAAAACAACUGUAAAGAUUUUCAUAAAAAAUAUGAUUAUUUGCAUCCGACAAUAGGUCCACUCGCUCUGAAAAAGUGAUAAGUUGACCUACAUCUCCUUAAUGUUAAUUACUACACAGUCAGUUACUAAAAUCAGUAGAGAAGGCUGCUUUAUUUACUCAAUUUGAUUUAAGAUAGAUCUUGUAGAUCCAUUGUGGAAUUUCAGUGUAUAUUCUUGUCAUUGAUAAUCUGAUAUUUUUAACUCCUUUCAAGACAAACCUCUUCUAAAACACAGAACCUCCCAGCCAUUUAUUAUCUCUUCCAAGCACUCCCUUCUGUUUUUCUACAGAAUGUUAAUUACAGUAUCCUCUGAGUUUUUAAUCAGCAGGGUGAUUCAUCUGAUACCUACCUUUGCAGUGCAUUAACUGUACCUCUGGUGUGAUAACUGUGAUAAGAGGUGUUGAUAAGCAGGAGAUUGCUACUGAAACAGAAGCAAACAGGAGGACAAAGCACUGACAGAUCAAAUAUUUGGUUGAAAAUCAGAUCAGAAUUUUAUCACUGGAAUUGGAAGUACAGUAUUUUCUUCAAGUUCUGUUCUAAAGCUCUUUACACCCUGCUGCUCAAAAAGCCACUCUCCACACCUCUCCCACCCUACUGACCAUCCACCUACCUCCACUGGUGGAUCACAGUUGGGAAACUGGCAAUAUAACAAAGGAAAUAGAUACAAAUAUUUGCUGAAACACAGUGCUUUUGUUCCUUUUGUCUGACCCAAGCUGCUGCUGCUGCUUCUUUUCUUCUUUUUUUACUGUUUUUAUGAGGGACGAAAAAAGUCAAUUUGCAGUUUUACAGACUUCUGUUUACCUUCAUUUUAAAAUGCUGCAAAGUGUCAAAAUUUACUGGUGCACAUUUGCAACUGCAUUUUUUCACGAUCGAUCAUACUGUGUCAUACUGGCAUCUUCUUGUUUUACCAUGUGUAUCAGAGCAGCUUGUCAAAAGUCUUGCUUCAACAUGCAGCGUAACAGCUUUUGUAAGGUACAUUUACUCAACAGGAAAUGGCUUAAAUAUAUUCACCAUGUAUGCGUGUAUGAUGAGAUGUUGCAACUUCUGCUAGUGGCGCCUUCUUUAUAGUAAAGCUAUCUCUUUUUCUCUA